GGAUCAUUAUAUUCGAGAACAAAUAACAACGACGACGACGAAAAUGGCUAGUUGGAAUGCUUGGAUGGCGUUAGUUUUAAUGGGAAUAAUGUUGGCUGAGAUGGCAGCAAACUCAGAAGCAGCAUCGCGCCCUAAUUAUGGAGAUGCACUAUCAAAGAGCAUAUUGUUCUUUGAAGGACAAAGAUCAGGGAAGUUGCCACCUUCUCAACGAAUGACUUGGCGCAAAGAUUCUGCUCUUCGCGAUGGAAUUCAAAUGGGUAUUCAACAUCCCAAAAUUGGCAUUAUAAAACAGGUAGACUUAGUAGGAGGGUAUUAUGAUGCUGGUGACAAUGUAAAAUUCAACUUCCCUAUGGCAUUCACCACAACCAUGCUAGCUUGGAGUGUGGCAGAUUUCAAGCCCUUCUUUGGCUCUGAACUCCCGCACGCCCUCGACGCGAUCCAAUGGGCCACGGACUACUUGUUGAAAUGCACCAGUGUUCCAGGUUUCGUGGUUGCUCAAGUAGGAGAUGGUUUUGCAGAUCACAAUUGUUGGGAGAGGCCAGAAGAUAUGGACACCCCUCGAACCCCCUUUGCUGUUAGCAGAAAGUAUCCAGGCUCUGAACUUUCUGCUGAAAUUGCUGCUGCAUUGGCUGCUUCUUCCAUCGUCUUAAGGUCUUCUAAUCGUACUUAUGCCGCACGUCUUCUUAGCCGCGCCAAAACGGUGUUUAAUUUUGCAAAUACAUACCAAGGCUCUUACAAUGACAGUCUUGGACCUUGGGUCUGUUCCUUUUACUGCUCUUUCAGUGGUUAUCAGGAUGAAUUAAUCUGGGCAGCAGCUUGGAUAUUCAGGGCAUCAAAAUUACCAUAUUACUCAAGUUAUGUCCUAGAUAACUUGUACAAACUAGAUCCACCUUAUAACGGAGGUAGCUUUGCAGAAUUUGGAUGGGAUACUAAGCAUGCUGGCAUUAACGUACUUGUUUCCAAGUUAGGAUUUGCUAACCAUCUUCAGCCUAAUCCAUUCCUAACUAAUGCUGACAAAUUUGUAUGCUCAGUGUUGCCCGAAUCUCCAACCAAAUUUGUUUCAUAUAGCCCAGGUGGACUUUUGUUCAAAGAUGGUGGAAGUAACAUGCAACACUCUACAACUCUUUCAUUUUUACUUUUGGUUUAUGCCCGUUAUACUAGUACUAUAAAAAGGACAAUCCGUUGUGGAAAUGUUAUUGCAAAACCCUCGAGACUUGCCCAACUUGCAAAACGUCAGGUGGACUACAUACUUGGAGACAAUCCACUAAAUAUGUCAUACAUGGUGGGAUUUGGCAGAAAAUACCCUCAAAGAAUACAUCAUAGAGCCUCAUCUUUGCCUUCUAUUGAUGUGCAUCCUGAAAACAUUGAAUGCCAAGGAGGAACGUCCUAUUUCUUCAGUAGUAACCCUAAUCCUAAUGUUUUGGUAGGUGCUAUUGUUGGAGGACCAGGCAUUAAUGACAAAUAUUCUGAUAGUCGAGCUGAUUUUCCUCACUCAGAACCAGCUACAUACAUCAAUGCACCUCUUGUAGGGCUUUUGGCUUUUUAUAACACACACUAAUUCCUCUUGAUAUGUUGGUAUAGUCAUAUUAUUUGUAUAUAUUUGAUUCCUUGAUUAACUUUUUAUUUUUUCAAUUCAAAUUUGUAACCUUUUAGCUCACAUGUUUUUAUAAUGUAGUAGAAUUUACUACAUAAUGUGAUUUCACAUGUAACCAUUAAGCAUCAACAAGUGUAC